CGCUGAGGUCACCAACCAGGAAGUGAGCGGAGAGGAGGGAACAGCAGAAUCACAACAGAGCUACUGCAGCUUUGACAGCUCUGUUUUGUGUCGCUGAAACACGCUCUUUUUCUGUUGUUGCCGGUAACGGACAUGUCUCGAAAACCCAAAGAUGAAUACUACCGUUUCUUCACCGUUACAGACCCACGCACACACGAGAAGGGACACACCGAAUACAAAGUGUCAGCAAGGUUUGUGUCCAAGCGUCAUCCGGAAGAUGUGAAAGAGGUGGUCGUGUGGAGGAGGUUUUCCGAGCUGAAGAAGCUCCAUGGGGAGUUGGCCUACACUCACAGGAACCUGUUCAGAAGACAGGAGGAGUUUCCAUCUUUUCCCCGCGCACAAGUCUUUGGAAGGUUUGAUGAGGCCGUGAUUGAAGAGAGGAGGAAUGCUGCAGAGGUCAUGCUUCUGUUUACUACCAGCAUACCUGCACUCUACAAUAGCCCACAGCUAAAGGACUUUUUCAGAGGUGGUGAGGUGACAAGGCCUCUGGAUGCCACUCCUCUGUCCUCUGCUGGGCCCCUGCCCCCACCUCUCAUCCCCCUUCCCAAGCGCAGGGCGUCAGACUGUGAACCCGCAGAGGAGGAGGAGGGAAGGGAGGCUCCCACCUUACCCCAAGACCUGGGCAUCAACCUGGGCUUAGAAGAGGGAGAACUGGAGGUGGCGGCUGAGGCUUACAGCGAGAUGGGAGGCUCUCCGAGAGAAGAACAAGAACAAGAGGAGCUUAGCGAUACAGAGCUGGAUGACAGAGUUCCGUCUCCUGACCCUUGCCAAGCCAGAAACCACCAAUCACAAGAGUCCCAGGAAGAAUUUGAUUCACUGUUUGACUCUGUGGCAGAAGAGCAAGUUCCACCCUGCAAAGAGGAAGGUCCACCUCCUCUGACUGAUAAUGACUUGGCUGUCUUUGAUCCCUGCUAUAAACAAGAUAAAUCCAAUUGUUCCAGUGACCACUCGGAAUUGUUCUCACUGCCACCAGCCAGUCUGAAAGGAGAGGACGUGGGUUACUUAGACCAAGCUGCCACUGAGCUAACAGCUGCAAUGAAGAGGGAGAAGGAGGGAGAAUUUAGUUCUGCCAUUCGUGGAUACAGGACGGCGGUGGAUAUACUGAUCACUGGAGUACAGGGAGACCCAGAUCCAAUACGCAGGGAGUCUGUGAUGAGAAGGACAGCCCAGUAUCUGAAGCACACUGAGAUGUUGGUUGACAGGCACUCCUCGCCCACACACACUCACACACUGACGCACACACACACACAUACACAGGACCCUUAGAUGCACACUUUUUUUAUAUACACUCUUCACACACAUAAAGAAAGAUCAAAGACAAAGAAGCUCAGGGUUGUGACAUACAAACACACACACACACACACACACACACACACACACACACACACUCACUCACACUCACAUACUCAUAGGCAUACUUACACAAAUGCAAAGUUAUAUACAGUAUGUUUGUUGACCACAAACAUACAGUUAUAACAAAAAACACAUUUAAACCAUUCAGAAAUACAUUCAGGCGCAAAACAACUACCAGCACACACACAUACAUAGACACACACUCCUGAGGUACACACUACACUGCAGACUGCUACUUUAGCGGUCUUUGUGUAGGGGAAAAUCUGUGAUUUACUAAAUAUAAAUAUAAAACUGUAAACUUCAUGCAUUAAUGGGUAAAUAAUCCAUUUAUCUCUAUCAAUCUCUUUCUCUCGUUUGAUUCUUACUCUCCUUUUACAAUGUGUUCUUGUUAAAUACAGUAAUGUGUAGUCUAUAACAGUAAUUUGCAUUUUGC